AUGGCGAGCGAAUACGUAACCCUCGUCUCUGCCGAGGGCUUCGAGUUCGUCGUUCUGCGUGCUGCUACCGAUGUGAGCCCCAUGAUCAAGCGGAUGCUGGACCCAAAGAGUCCGUUUGCUGAGGCCAGGUCGGGUCGGUGCACGUUUCCUGAGAUCAGUACUCCCAUUCUCGAAAAAGUCACCGAGUAUUUCCAGUACUGGUACAAGAACCGCGACAAGGAGGACGUGCCCGACCUUGAUAUUCCAACAGAAAUGUGUCUGGAGCUGUUGAUGGCAGCUGACUACCUCGGCAUGGACAGUGGGUGUUUCCUGAGCUCGGCUGAACGCACAGAAAAGCAAUCUCUUACCAACGCCGUAAUACGCCACGAUACAUCGUCACCAUACGCUUCUCUUAUACUCAUGCAUGGCGUGUGA